AUGUCACCUGUGUCAGAGAAGUCAACCCGCGGCUCCGGAGUUGGUGCCAUCGCAUGGGUUUUGGCUUCGUGGACCAUGAUCCGCACUUCCCUGCAAGGGACCUCCUGUCUGCAAAUGGCUUGGAUUCCCUGCAUAGAGUCUGUUUGGCUGGGAGUUUUAAAGGCAGUGCAUGUAGCAGAAAGUCUUCAGGAAGACUUAUACAAUCUUUCUUUCUCUCUAAAGCAAACUACAGAUCUGAACCUUCCUCCUGAAGACUUGGACUCAUCUGGAGAUGAUGACAAUUUCUCUGGCUCAGGUGCUGGUCCAUUGUCUCACUCUGUGGAGGCAAUUAUUCCAGUAGGACCUACAAAUUCAUCCAUAGAUGUUGACAAACUUCAAACAACUGUUCACUAUCUCCAUGAGACGGGAAGCCCAGCUGACGAGGAAGUAGUAGCUCCAUCCUCUAGCAGUGAUGUGGUGACAGAUGAGCCAGAAGCAGAUGUUCAGGAUGAAACGACAUAUGAACUGGUCACCUUCAGUGCGGGUGCAAGGGAGGAAGUGAUAACUACAAAUCCUGCUACUCCUAGUCCCAGUGUCAAAGUAACUACCUCGCAAGUCUCGAGUACAGCUGAUGCCGUGGAACCUGCCAUCCAUAGUCUUGAUGUGGUUGAUUUUGCUGAAAAAGAGCACGAUCCCAUCUUUACCCCUGCAAGCAAGGAAGAUGUCACUACAGCUGCUGUCCACACAGCCACUACCCUUAGGACUAGCAUUCCAGCACAUGAAGAUGGAGAGAUUGUGACUUCUGAGGAUGGCUCUGGAGACGUGGGAGACUUCUUCAUCUCUAGGAAUGAUGAAAAACUAGUAGACUCUGACAGGAAUACCGAUGUUGACUCUGAAAGGAAUAGUAAAGCUGCAGGAGCCUUGGGAAUAAUGGACCGGAAAGAAGUCCUAGGAGGUGUCAUUGCUGGAGGAUUAGUAGGCCUGCUAUUUGCAGUGUUCCUAGUUGGGUUUAUGCUGUACAGAAUGAAAAAGAAAGACGAAGGAAGCUAUUCAUUGGAUGAACCAAAGCAGUCAAAUGGAGGAUACCAAAAACCACACAAACAAGAAGAAUUCUAUGCGUAAACACUGAUAUUCAGGACAUCUAAUUCGCCUUUUUUUUUUUUUUUUUUUCCCUUGGGCUCUCCUGUCCCUGCACACGGACCUCCUCCUGGUUUUCUGCAUUAAACUCAAGCCAUAUGACCAUUGGGUGCAACUCCCGCUACCUUGCCACUGGAAAUUCAAACUACAAAAUAGGUCUGGAUUCACUGAUCUCAUCCUGCUUUCUUGCACAAAGAUCUUUUUAAAGUAGGACUGCAAAGCUCCUAAACUUGCUUUGGUUUAGCUAAAGACUGCUGGGUGAAAGGAGAUGAGGGAGAACUGCAUGUAUAUAAACUGUUUGACGGUUAAAAAAAAUGGCAGGACUAAACAGCUAACAAAGCUUGA